CUUUUAUUUGACCGACUUCUGAAAAUUCAAUCCUAGCCUAUGAUUAAGAGACAAAAUUAAUGAGAGAUAUGAACAGAAAACUAAGCGAUCGAAGACUAUUAACAAGAUGAAAAGUUUAAGCUUCCUUGUCCCACUCUUGGUUGCUUGCUCAAGUCUCAUUCCAGGCCAUGCUCACCCAUCAUUGCCCAAAAAACAUGUAGCAUUGUUCAUCUUUGGAGAUUCUCUGUUGGAUGCUGGAAAUAAUAACUAUAUUAACACCACUGUUGCAUAUCAGGCAAAUUUCAGGCCAUAUGGUGAAACCUUCUUCAACUAUCCUACUGGAAGAUUUUCUGAUGGACGUUUGAUUCCUGAUUUUAUAGCUGAGUAUGCAAAGUUACCAUUAAUUUCAACAUUUUUUCCAUCCUACAACGAUCAAUUUGUUUAUGGGGUGAACUUUGCGUCCGCGGGAGCUGGUGCUCUAGUUGAAACUCACCAAGGAUAUGUGACAGAUCUUAAAACUCAGUUAAGUUAUUUCAAAGUUGUGGAGAAACAAUUGAAACAGAAACUAGGAGAUGCAGCAGCCAAAAAAUUGACUUCAGAAGCUGUUUACUUUUUUAGCAUUGGAAGCAAUGACUGCUUUAUCUUUGUGAGAAACUCAACUCUGCCUCAAUCGUACAACUCUAAAAAGGAAUAUGUAGGGAUGGUGAUUGGCAACCUGACAACUACAAUCAAAGAAAUAUAUAAGAAAGGAGGAAGGAAAUUUGGGUUCAUAAAUUUGGCGCCUUUGGGUUGUACUCCAAGCGCCAGAUUAGUUUCACCCGGAAACACAGGAUCCUGCCUGGAGGAUACCUUGGAGUUGGCGAAGCUACAUAAUCAGGUUCUUUCUAAAGUUCUGCAGGAGCUAGAGAGCCAACUGGAGGGAUUCAGAUAUGCGAAUCACGACUUCUACAAUUCAUUAAUGAAAAGAAUCAACGACCCUUCAAGAUAUGGUUUGAAGGAGUCUAUGAGGGCAUGUUGCGGCAGUGGUCAGUACAGAGGAAUGUCAAGUUGUGGGGGGAAGAGAGGAGUAGAAGAGUAUGAAUUAUGUGAUAAUCCUCAGGAAUAUUUGUUCUUUGACUUUACUCAUCCCUCUGAAAAGGCCAACAAGCAAAUUGCACAACUACUGUGGAGCGGAACUCCAGAUGUCACAGGGCCUUACAAUCUGAAGAAACUAUUCGAACACAGCUGAUUUAGACAUCUUUGUGUUAGUUAAUAAGCUUAAGCUCACAGUAUAAGCCUCAAUAAAGGAAUGAGUUUGAUCUGUUUGCACCUGAUUGUUGUCAUCUA